AUGGCCAACAAGAACGCAAAGCACCUCGCCGAGGUCAUUCCCCAAUGUGUUGCUGGAUGUUUCGAUAUUGGCGUGGCCGCAACUGGCUGUGACGAUAACGACUACGAUUGUUGGUGCUACAAAGCGAACCACCAGACCGUCGUCGAUACAGUGGAAGUGUGUCUCAUCAACCAAAAAAGAAGAACGCAAAAAGAAUGUACCGACGAUGAAAUGUUCCAAUAUGAGAACAGUUAUUGGAAGAUUUGCGAACAAUAUUGGGAACCAACUGGAACUGCUACCGAACCAACCUCAUAUCCAACUGCGCCGGCGACCUCAUUAGCGUCAACGAAAUCUACCGAUGCGAGUACAGCGACUUCAUCAGCAGCCGAGAAAACCACAACUGAACUAUCUUCAUGGACCACCACCAUAGCGACCCAAUCCGGCGACUCCGAAGCAGCAGAAGCAACAGGUCCCUCAGAACCAGAGUCUACUUCAGGAGGUCUGUCGAGUGGAGGAAAAGCUGGUGUAGGCAUUGGUGUCGCUCUUGGUGUUAUACUCCUCGGUGUAGCUAUCUUCCUCUGGCUGCGCGAGAGACGAAAGCGACGCAAUAUUGAGGAGAAGCUUCGAGUUGCCGAAGUCGAAAAGGCUGAAGCUGUACAGUCCGGAGGCUACGGCCCCCAUGUUAUGUACGAGAUGGAGGGUGACCGACCUCACGCCGAGGAACUGCGCGGAAGUAUGAGGACGCCAGAGCUUGGCGCAGAGCGAAAGUCAGAUAGCGUGACAGAGGUUGCUCCUGUGAGUCCCUCUGAUAACGACAAGGACUCGACAUUCUCGAGUCGCAGCUACGAAUGGCCCAUUUCACCAGAGAGCCCCAACCGAGAUGGGGCAGGAAACGCAGGGUCUCUGGGUGAAGUGAAAGAUAUAAAUACGCCUAAACCACCUGCUCCUUGA